AUGCUGACGAGCAGUGUCCACAUGGAGCUCGCCGGCAGCGAGGAUGCCUUCGGCCGCUUGCUGGACCACGAGUGGGAUCGGUUCUCCGCUCGGCCGGCGGGCACCCGCAGCACGUUCGUGGUCUGCAGCGCCCCCGGGCGGGCGAACGCGAAGCGCCUCCGCGAGCUGGCCGGGGGCGACUCCCUCGUAGAGACGCUGCACCGCCGCAAGGGGGAGAUCCUCUGCUCCUUCGCGGCGCUCGUGGCCGCGGACGGCCGCGACGGCGGCGGCGGCGGUGGGGGGCAGGGGACGUUUUCCUUGGAGCCCCUGCCACACCUGGCGAAGCUUGCCCCCGCCGUGGCGGCCGACCCGUCCUCGGCGGCGUUGCUGCUGUCCUCGGAGGCGGCGGGCGCGACCCAAGGGGUGUACAUCGACGAGGGUGGCGGCAGUCGUCUGCGGGGGCGGCGGCAUCUCCGCGCCGCUGCCGGCGGUGCCGGUAGGAGCGAGGUGUCGGCGGAGCAGCGCGACCAGAUCUUGGCCUCCGCGGCGGCGGCGGCGGCGGCGGGGCUGCCCGGGGACGACCGGCCGACGACCCAGCGGUUGAUUGAGCACGGGGAGAGGGGCAUGGUGGACGCGAUCGAGAUCAGCCUUGGCAGGCACCACGUAAAGCGCUCGAAGGGCGAGACGGAGGAGAUGGCCCGACGGUGGCUGUCCCUGGCGAGCGACCAGCCGGCCCUGGCGAAGGCGCUGAGGGAGGAGCACUUCUGGGGCGGCGGCGGCAGCCGACGGCAGGAGGAUGGGGUGAUGAUGGACGGUAGUAGUAGUGGUAGUAGUGGUAGUAGUGGUAGUAUCGGGGAAGAAGGGGAGGGCCGGAGACGGUUGUCGACGGAAGAGGAGGAGCGGGCGACACAUGUGUCCGCCCACGAGGAACGGAAGAGGCUGGGGUGGGUGAGCCUCCUGGAAGCCGUGGGCGGCCGGGGCGGCGAAGGCGGCGGGCAAGGCUCGUCGGUUGGCGGGCCCGAAGGCGCCGCCGGGGGUACUAGGGCCAGCUACUGCGGGUUCGACCUGGCGAGGUUCACCGUGUCCCCCAGCGGCAAGAAGGUCCUCUUGCACAGGCCGCACGAGAUGGUGGCUGCCGCUAAUGACGGCGGCGGCGGCGGCGACGAGGGCUGCCUGUCGGCCCUGCUGGCGUUCUUUUCGCUGCAGCCCGAGGUGCGCUACGUGACGGCGAGAAGGAAGACGGCGACCCAGAAUCUCGACGCCGCUUGGGUGACGCAGUCCGCGGUGGACGGGUAUACCCCGCUGUGGGAUGAGAACCUUCAAGGGCAGGACGAGAUUAUCGGGGUGGCGGACACGGGCCUGGACCUGAACCACUGUCAGUUUCGGGAGGACGACGGCGACAAUAUCGAGGCCAGCGACUGGGACGACCCGGUAACGGACUUGGACAAGCGGAAGGUCGUGCAGUACAUCGACUUCGUCGACGACUUCGACGAGGCGGACGGACACGGAACCCACGUCGCCGGCUCCAUCUGCGGCGCACAGAGCGGGGAGGACGCGGGGGAUGACGAUGCGGACGGCAUGGCGUUCCAGGGAAAGCUUGCCGUUUUCGACUUCGGAGACUCGGACAACUUCAACGCCCUCACCACCCCCGACGAGAUUGACUCGGUCAUCCUGGAGCCCGCAUAUGACGGAGGGGCUCGCGUCCACAGCAACUCCUGGGACACCGUGAGCACGGAGUAUACUGCCCUCAGCAACGAGGUGGACGAGUUUGUCUACACCCACCAGAACAUGCUCGUGGUGUUCGCCGCGGGCAACUGCGGCGACACGUCGACGGACGACCUGAUCGACAACUGCAGCGUCCUCGAUGAUGACGAGGGUACCGUGCUCUCCCCGGCCCAGGGCAAGAACGUCGUGGCGGUGGGCUCGUCCGAGUCCGGCGGGGUUACCGGCAAGGACAUGGACACCGUGUCGUACUUCUCCUCCAAGGGACCGACGAUCGACGGAAGGAUAAAGCCCGACGUCGUGGCGCCGGGGGACCCUACCUGGUCGGCGGCGGCGGACACCACGGGGGAGACGUGCGAGUUCGGGAGCCAGACGGGGACGAGCAUGUCCACCCCCAUCGUGGCGGGCAACGGCGCUAUGGCCCGACAGUACUUCCGGGAGGGCUGGUACAACACCGGCAGCAAGAACGAGAGCCUGGGUUUCGACCCGUCGGGGGCGUUGCUGAAGGCUGUCCUGAUCAACUCGGCCACGGGCAUGUCUUUCGCUGGGGUAAACCCUGACUCCGGCACGCUCGACGUGACGCUCACGACCCCUCCGGAUACCCACCAGGGGUUCGGCCGUGUGACGAUGAUCAACGCCCUCAACAUCAACUCUACGGUGGGCAUCUUUUUCGAGGACUGGGUGGAGAUCCGCGAGGGGGAGACCAUCGACUACGACGUGUCGCUGUACGAGGACGCGGAUACCGAUAAGGACCUGCGCAUCACGCUGGUGUGGACGGACCCCCCCGCCUCGGUGGGGUCGACGGAAGCUCUUAUCCACGACCUUGACCUGGUCGUCAUCGCGGAGUCGACAGGUACAGAGUACUACCCCAACGGCUUGGAAGAGGCGGACACGGUCAACAACGUGGAGAAGAUCACCAUCACCGACACCACCCAGGGCGAGAAUUACAUCAUACGGGUGAGUUGCAACGAGCUCAGCGAGUACGACACACAAAACUUCGCGGUCAUCGCGAACGGCGAGUUCAUCAAGACCAACGCCCUGCCGACCGCCCAGGACCCUAGCGACUGGGCCGACCUCGUCGACCAGGCUGCGGACACCCUCCUGACUUGGAAGUUCGCCGCGGCACUGUCCCUGGGCGUCUUCGCCUGCUGCGCCGCGGCGUGCGCGUGCCGCAGCUGCAACAAGAGCCGCAGGCACAGGUCCAAGGUCAACAGGUACCGCCGGGAGAUCACGGCCAACAGGGGCGGCGGCGGCGGCGGUGCCCCCGGGCGCAAGCUCCGGCCGAACCCGCCGGCCCGCCCGCAGCCGUACCCGGGCCCCGUCCGCAACCCGGGGUCGCUCUACGUGUCCGGUUCCGGGAGGUUUCAGGAGUCUUGGAGGCGGCCGGGGCCGGGGUCCAUCGGCGGCCGCAGCAUGAGGAGCAUGCGCAGCGAGCAGAGCGCGCGGGGGGCGCUGCUUACGGGGGCGGGGGCGAUGGUGCCUGGGCAGUUGGCGUCGGCGACGGCGCCGGCUUCGCCGCCGCAUGAGGCGUGCCCGGAGUGCGGGCUGCGCCUGCCCGACGUGGUGCAGCUGGUGAAGCACGUGGAGACGCAGCACGGCGGGCGGGCCAACCGCAAGAAGCCGACGGCGACGGCGGUGGUGGCGGCGGCGGGGAACGGUCCCAUGCCAGGACUGAAGGUGGUCAAGGCCAGGGCGGUCAACAACGGCGGCAACCCGUACGGCGACGGCGUGCCGGUGGUGGCGGUGGCCCCCUCGAAGAACGUCCCGGGGAGGGUGAUGACGGGCAACCCGUACGCGGACGCCCGCGCAUCCGCGGUCGAGGUCGAGGCGAAACCGGCACCGUCGGCUACUAGCCCGACGAGCCGCGCCCGGCGCGCCUCUGCCACGCACCGCCAGGCUCCGGUCGCCGGGACGGCGGUGGUCGUGACCACGGCGGCCGCCGGGGGUGGCAGGAACAACAGGACACCCACCCAAGUCCGCUCGAGCUCUCCCGCCGGAGCGUCGGGGACCAGCUCGGGGCGAUCGGGAUCUUCAGCGAAACGGAGCCCCGGAAACCCAUCCGUCUCCGGCUCCGGCCACUCCCGCUCGCCGACGUCUUCUUCGUCCAAGCCCGGGGGGUCGAGGGACGGCCUCCCGCGGAUCAGGGACCUGAGCUCGCACGGGAAGAAUAACGACGGCAGCAAGGCUAGCGGUGAUGGCGGCGGGCACUCGGGCAAAAGCCCCCUCCCCCGCCUCCUCUCGCACAGGCGGGACGGGAGAGGGAACGGGAGCGGGGAAACCGCCUCGAGGGUGUACAGACCCUCCCGCGGGGCCGGCGGCAGCGGUGACAGCGGCAGCGGCAGCGGCAGCCGGUCUUCGGGCGAAACAUUAGGCAGGCGCUCAGCCGAAGUGGGCAAGCCGUGGUCCAAGAACGAGAGCGGCAGCAGCGGCGGUCGCAAGCAGAGCCGCGGUCUCGAGGAGACGGCCCCCGGGUUCGAAGGGUCGGGAAGAACACUCCUGAAGAACGAAUCCACGAGGAGCCUGACCCGCACGUCGAGCCUCGACCGAAUGUCGGCCCUCUCUUCUCGGGCCAUCACGCGCUCGACCUUGCCCAAGGAGGGCAUGGACGAGGACGAUGAAGCUCAAGCUCCGCCGGGAAGGGGCGUCCCGGGGGCAGUAGCAGCGCGCGAGAGAGACAUGGCAAACCAGAGGCGCAUCCGCCACAGCGUCUCCACUGAGGACCACAUCCCGGUGGGGCAGCGGCUGACGGCGGACAAGCUCCGGGCGCUCGGGUCGGGCCUCGCGCCGCCAGUCUUCAGUCCCGUGAUGCCGUCAGCGAAGGAGCCGGCCUACAGCCCCGUGGCGCGCAAGCGGGCGGGAGAGCUGGACGAGAAGAAGCCCGUGGGCAUCACUCGAAAGUUCUUCCGGCAGCUGUCGGGGGAAGGAUCGAAGGGCAUUCGUUUUCCAUCAAAGGUUUAGUUGCGCCUCUGUGCAAGACGGCGUUUCGUGGCGAUUUUGCAUAGGCGCGAUGGCAGUCACUGCUGCAAGCGUCCCUCACUUUGAUGUGUGGCGGUGCAUGGGAGAGUUUUUCGUAGCAUUUUUUUUUGUUCUUGUGGGUCUACCUUUGUGGGCACGUCUUUUUCUUAUCGCCCCCCGAGCAUGUAGAGUGUUUCUGUGCCAUCUCUAAAGGUCCGGAUUUGUUUUUUUUAGUGGGAUUGGCCUCGAACAUGGCCCAUCAUCGCCGGCCCCAGUGACGCAGGCUUUGCAUGUUUGUGCCCGAAGAUGUACCGCUGACGGCCUGGUGGCUGGUCCGUGAGCGUUGUACGAUAGCAUUAUUUCUUAAAUUCUGUGAGUUGUCCUGGCACGGGCUUUCUUGUAAAGCUUGGCAGGGCGUGUGGGUACACUUUAUAUGUAGCAGUGUGGUUCGGAGUUGGUGGUUUGCAUUGAUGAAUCUGGGAGAGGCCCCUCCAGAAUAAACCAUGUUUGUGCUAGUGGAGGUGCUAGCGAGCGGUUGGGAGCGCGAAGGACGCGGGGACCAUUACAAUCUGUUGCGUGUUGGGCAUCACAGCUCCUGUGCCGUCGUCUC